CUCGGACUCGCCUCCCCCCCGAGCAUCAUCCUCGCGCCCGCACCCGCCCAGCGAUCGCAUGCAUCUCGCCGAGCCCUGCGCCGCGUGCCUCUCGCCGCUUGGCCCUGCACGCUGGACAUGCGCGCGACGAUCAUCCUCCGGGCGCCGUCCAUGAUGCGUUGUCGCCGCACCCGCAUCGCACGCUUUGCUGGCAAGGCGCAGCGCGGCUGCUGCAGGGUGUGAGCAUGUGCAGGACGCCUCGGGAUCUCGCUUGCGCAGCUGCAGCCGGCGUGGCUCGGCCAUGCGCAUACCGCUGCCGUGCCGCUGCCGUGUUGGACGCGCAGUGCCGACGCCGCCGCAGCCGCAGCACCGCGCCGCACGGCAGAGCGGCAGCCCUCUGCCGACGCCGCUCUCGCGCACCUUUUUCAUUCGGCGCCGACGACGGCAGCGCCAAAGCCCGCCUCCGACACGCUGUGCAUGUGCUCUGCUGCCCUGCAAGCCGACAGCGACACGAAAGGGCCGCCCGCCCAGAUUUAGCACGCUGCUGCACGGCACACGCUCGAGUCACCGCACCCUUGUGGUCGCCGCAGCAGCUGCAGCUUGAAGUUUUCGACACAGCGAAAUGUGACUUGAAGAGAGGACGGGGCAACGCUGCCUUCCCCAUGGAGUCAUGGCACAUGAAGCGGGAUGGGCCGCGGCGGCGAGCUUGCGAGGCGACGAUCGCGGUGGGCGGUGUGGAGCGGCGCAUUUGCGCAGCGGGUGCGGCGCCAGCGCUGCGGGAGCGCAUGUCUCUGAGGUCAGCCACAUCUCGUCGAGGAGACCCGCACCGGCACCCGCACCCGGCGCCUUCUCUCCACAUCGUCUCGCCGACUGCUGCUGCGUUGGCCGACGCUGCGAGCACGGCAGCGUUCGUGGGAGCGCUCUCUCUCUCUCUCUCUCUCUCCCUCCGUCUUUUCUGCGCUCUGGCGCCAGAAGCAGCGCCGCAUUCCGCCAAGCAGCGCCUCGCCGUCAGAGAGAGCCUGCGCUGCGUCCAUGCGGGCAUCGGGUCGGGCGGGCGGUGCCGCCGAUGCGCGCCCGCCAGCUUGGCAGCGAAAGCCACGUGCGCGCCUGUCGGCCUGCCAUUCUACAGAGCCGCUUGGCACGGCUGUAUGCGCUGUACCAUACUUGACAGCAUGGCCGACGAAGAGGAGCCCGCAAGGCCGAGCGCUGCAGGCGCAGAACAGAGAAAGCGCUGCAUGCGAUGGCGACACGCAUGCACGAUGGCGCGGCGGCGACGGCGCUGCCAAGCCUGCCGCUGCGGCAGCCGGCGCAAAGGCCGCUCGCCGAGCUCGAGCGAGGCAUGCGCUGCGUCGGCACGCCAAGCUCACGCUGCGCCAAGAAUGAACACAUCUCAGGUUUCCCUCGGGCGCAAAGUCAGGUCAGGUGCGGAACAGGGUAGGGGGCCAUGGGGCGCAGAGAUAGGGGCAGCGAAGAGGGACGGGUCAGAGGGAGGAGCAAGGCACUAUGUGAGCGUAUCGGAGGGGGAUCAAUGAACAGGUUGUGAGCGGAAUGAGCGUGGAGACGACGAAUGCAGAAUGUGGACGGGGACGAGAGGAAGAUGCUGGAGAGAGAGAGAGAGGAUCGGGAGGUCGGAAGAGGAUGGCGCGGAAAUCGACGCUCAGGCGGCAAAGUCCCACUCGCUGCCGCUCUCGUAGAACUCGGAGCACGAGGCCGGGCUGUCGUAGCCGCACGGCGUCGAUGGCGCAGU